CCCAUUUCAAUUAUUGGGGCACCCAACUUGGCAGGUGUGAAGGAAGAUUCAUCUCCGGCCGCCGGAAUGUCCACCGGAGGAGGACCGUCUCUGUCGUGGAAGCUCAGGAAAGCCGCCAAAAAGUUCCUUCUCCGAACCUGCGGUGGCUCUUUCUCCCGGGGACGCCACUCCCCUGUUGUUGUCGACACCCCCAUCGCCGCCGCAGCUAGUGCAUUUCUUGAUUCUCCGGUCGUCGCAGAGCCGGCGAGCGAUUCUCCCCCAGUUACACCUUCCAAAUUUGCACCCCAAUCAGAUUCCAAUUCUUCUAAUAAGAAUCUGUGCGCCAUUUGCCUGGAACCAUUGGUUUUUAGCUCGAGCAAUGGGCAGGCCAUCUUCACAGCACAAUGCUCCCACGCAUUCCACUUCGAUUGCAUAUCUUCAAACGUAAGACACGGCAGCGUUUCUUGCCCCAUCUGCCGUGCCCUCUGGACACAGAUCCCCCGCAACCUGCGGGCCACAGCCCAUUGUUCACGAGGCGGUGAUCCUAUCCUACAGAUUCUCGACGAAUCAAUUGCCACUUUUAGGGUCAACAGGCGCCGUUCCCUUCUUCUAAGCUCACCCCAUUACGAAAACGAUGACCCCUCGACAUCUGGCCUCCCCAGACUCCAUUUCUCCUUGACAACUUCGCCUCGGGCCAACAAUAGAGCGGCGUGCCUCUCCGUGAAACUAGCUCGUCACCGUCACCCGGCCACUGACGUGGUCCUGGUGGCGAGCCCCGGCGGGCCCCACUACGUGACGCUCAUGAAGGAAGCGAUGGCGCGCGUCGUGUUUGCGCUGGGACCCGCGGACCGGUUGGCCAUCGUGACGCAUUCGUCCGCGGAACCGCGCGUCUUCCCUCUCAGGCGAAUGACGCCGUACGGGAAGCGCGAUACUCUACAACUCGUCGACCGGAUUUUCUACGCCGAGGAAGUGGACCCCGAGGAAGGGGUUACGGAAGGGGCCAAGAUACUGAGAGACCGUACGCACCGCCGAAACGCUCGCACUCUAAUGUUGCAUCUUUCCGACGGCGACGAAGAUGACAGCGCCCGACGUCCGUUCGGUAGUGGCGCGGUGGGGCCCGCAACCCACAACUUUCACGUGGGGUUCGGGUUCGCCAUGCACGAGUUCGAGGCGUUUCUCGGGAGAAUUCUCGGCGGUUCGGUCAGAGAGGUGCAGGUGAGGGUGGGGGAGGACUCGAGGAUCAUGAGGCUGGGGGAGAUCAGAGGCGGGGAGGAGAGGAGAGUUCCGGUGAAUCUUGGCGAGUCCGGGCGGAUUCGGGUGGAGUACAGCUACGAGGAGGCGGAGUUUGGCGACUCUUGUGUGAAGACGGGGGAGGUUGCGGUGGGGAUUCCGGAGAAAAGAGAAUGCAGUGAAGGCGGCGGCAGCCACCGCAGCACAGGCGGCGGCGUUGUAGAAAGGAGGCCAAGCAGCGGCGUUGAGAGCAGCUUGGAAUACUAUCACCAUGACCCUUUCAUGGCAAGAAGAUGGGCAAAACAUUUGCUUGGUUAUAGGGGAUGAAGAACUUCAUGUAGUAGGGAGGCCUAUUUCUUUCUUUCUUUCUUUUUUUGUUUCCUUUUAAAAUAUUGUAAAUAAGUGAUCUUCACGAGUUGUACUACUAGUAUUUUUUGCAUUUAUAUUCUUUUUAGUAAUACAAAUUGUAUCAACAAAGAAGAAGACUUCGAGCGUUUUUAAGAUCCAUGACUACAUGUUCAGUCAUAGGAAGGAUUUCUGUCUUCAUUUUUUUUGGAAGAGAAUGUCAAGAAUUGUGUUUGUAGUGUUGUGUAAUAUUUCACGACAAGGAUUAAAUUGACAUUGACCAG